CAGAGAGAGAGAGAGAGAGAGGAGAGAGAGAGAGAGAUCACGAACUCACUGAAGGUUCAAAGGAAUCAAAGCUGUUGCGCGAGAGAGAUCCAGAGAGAAGAUCGACGUUUGUUUUUCGUUCAAUUUCCUUUCCAGCACUGAUUUCGAACAACACAGUGUCAGUGCAUAGCUCGAACCAGUAUUGACUACAGCAUUCAAAAUGGCGAUGACGGAGUCCCAAUCUCCACCGGAUGGGAACGGCGCCGUUUCCGGCCUCCUCCCCCUCGCCUCCGUCUCUCAACAACCUUACGUCUCUGAACUCCUCUCCUUCACCCUCGAUCGCCUCCACAAGGAGCCAGAGCUUCUACGGGUGGACGGAGAGAGAAUCCAGCGGCAGAUGCAAGAGGUGGCGGUUGCAAACUACCGUGCCUUCAUCUCUGCCGCGGAUGCAUUGGUUGCUAUUAGAGAGGAGGUUUCCUCCAUCGACAAACACCUCGAAUCAAUGAUAGCUGAAAUCCCAAAGCUUACAUCUGGUUGCAAUGAGUUCCUUGACUCUGCAGAACAUAUUUUGGAGAAGAGAAAGUUGAACCAGACAUUACUAGCCAAUCAUAGUACUUUGCUUGACUUGCUUGAAAUUCCUCAGCUUAUGGACACAUGUGUGAGGAAUGGAAAUUACGAUGAAGCUCUGGACUUAGAAGCCUUUGUUUGCAAACUGUACGCAAUGCACCCUAAGUUACCUGUUAUUCAGGCCCUUGCUGCAGAGGUCAAGCAGACCACUCAAUCUCUUCUUUCUCAGCUUCUCCAAAAACUUAGAUCCAACAUCCAGUUGCCAGAAUGUCUCCGCAUCAUCGGAUAUUUACGUCGCAUAGGAGUUUUUAAUGAAUAUGAAAUGCGCCUACAGUUCUUAAGAUGCCGAGAAGCAUGGCUUACUGCAAUUCUUGAUGACUUAGACCAGAGAAAUGCUUAUGAGUACUUAAAAGGGAUGGUAAACUGUCAAAGGAUGCAUCUUUUUGAUGUUGUUAACCAAUACCGAGCUAUAUUUGCGGAUGAUACAUCGGGAAGUGAAGAAAACUAUGAAGGGGGCCUUUUGUUUAGCUGGGCAAUGCAUCAAAUUACCACUCACCUUAAAACACUCAAGGUCAUGCUCCCAAGAAUAACUGAAGGCGGGUCUUUGUCAAACAUCCUGGACCAAUGCAUGUAUUGUGCCAUGGGUCUUGGUUGGGUCGGAUUGGAUUUCCGGGGCUUGCUUCCCUCACUUUUUGAAGAGGCUGUUCUUAACUUGUUCUCAAGAAAUAUGAAUACAGCUGUUCAAAAUUUUCAGCUAGUCUUGGAUUCACAUCGCUGGGUCCCCUUACCAGCAAUUGGCUUUCCAGCGAAUAGCUUUGGUGAAGAUAGCCUGGAAGAUGUGACUCCUCCUUCAAGUCUGAUGGAACAUCCACCUCUUGCUGUGUUUGUAAAUGGUGUGUCUGCGGCAAUGAACGAAUUGCGUCCCUGUGCCCCAAUAAGCUUGAAGCAUAUGCUUUCUCAAGAAUUAGCCAAGGGGUUGCAAUCUGUUUCUGAUUCUUUACUUCGGUACAAUACAACUAGGAUGCUCAGGGAGAAUGAAUCCAUACUUUUCCUUUCCCUUUGCCGAGCAUUCCUUGAGGUCGCUUAUCCACAUUGUGCUACGUGCUUUGGUCGCUGUUACCCUGGCGGAGCUGCUCUUAUUUCAGAUGCCAAGAAUUUAUUUGAUGGGAUUGGGCGCCUAUUGGCAGCAAAGGCUCUACCGAAGCCAAUCCAGAAUGAGGAGGGAAAAAGUGUAUCUGAAAAUGGCAGUCCAGAUGUGGUGGAAAAUGGAGUUAUGCCUAAUGCCGAACAGACUGCGGAGAGUUCCAACGUGGAUGAUAAGGAAGAAAACAUCACUCUCCAAACUGAGGAAAAGCCUGCGAAUGCAUGAAGUGUGCUUUUAGAAGCCCAUGUUAUAGUUUUGGAAAGUUGUUAGUUCUGCCCUUGUCAUUGAACUGAAGGGUUGCCUGAUGGUUAGAGGCUUCACGUUAUGCUCAUCUGCUAGGGUUUGAACCUCGGCUGCGUAUCCUACUUGUACUCAAAAAAAGUUGUUCGUAAUUCUAAAACUCCUACUCGUCAGAUAUUUGAAAGUAGGGAAGCCCACUUCGACUCACCAACGAGAAGGUAAAUACUGUUAGUAUAUCUUUUCUUCUGAAGCGAGAAAUUAUAGGACCCGUUGAUUUCCUAGAUGGGAUGAAAAAGCAGUGUUUCUGAGUCCUUUAGGUUCUUUUUGGUGGCUAUUGUGGGGCACACAAAUUUUUCAUUGACGUGACAAUUGGAGUGUAAUUGUACACAUAAGUAGAGAAAUUCAAUGAUAUGUCACUGCAAAAUGGUUUUAAUACACAGAAAUUUGUUUAUAAUAACAUUGCAAGCCAAUAAUAAUAGGAGAAUGUUUGUGGGUUU